AUGACUUCUCCAUUUGUUUUAGUGAAGAUUCUAAAACUUUAUCAAAAGGAAUAUUAUGAUGAAUAUGUUUUACCUUUAUUACGUAAGCCAAAAAUAACAUUUGAUAUAAAACUUGAUGACUCGUUUUUGAUAAAAGAUAUUAGACGCAAAGCUGAAAAUCAUCAGUAUAAAAACAGUUCUGAAGUAAUUGAGGAUUUAUCACGUGUAAUCCGUUUUGUAGAUUAUGGAAACAAAUACUUCAUUCAAAAGGACUAUAAUAUUCAUGAUAAAAUGAAUCAAAUAUCAUUCGUUCUUCAAUCAAACAUGAAAGAGUCACUCAAAAUGAUUAAAUUAUUUAAAGAAGAAGGUAAAACAAUAACAGCAUGGGAUGUACUACUAAAUCAAUUAUCCUCAUUAACCGUUAAGGGUGUUUGCUUUAAAUCUGAUUCUCCAGAUGUUUUCUCAACAUUUCAAGGUUAUAAAUACAACGUUCUCGAAAAGCCUGAUUACUCAAAAAUUGAGAUGUUUAUGAAUUUCAUUAAAGAAGCCAUUUGUGAUAAUAACGAUGAAGUGUAUAAAUACCUUCUCGGCUGGAUUGCAUCAAUGAUUCAACAUCCUGGAAUCAAGAAUGAAACAGCAAUUAUUUUGAAAGGACUUCAGGGAACAGGUAAAAACAGAUUUACAGACAUUAUUUCUGAACUCCUCGCUGGUUAUUCAUGUAAAAACAUUACCGAAAUAAGUGAGCUAACGGGUAAUUUUAAUUCGGUGGUUGAGAAUAAAAUGUUUCUUGUACUUAAUGAACUCAAGAAUGUGGGUGAAGACAGACUUGCAAACUUCAACGCUUUGAAAUCAAUUAUAACGGAUAAUGAGAUUAGAAUUAAUGAAAAGAAUCAACCCAGAAGAACUGCUCAGAAUGUUGCAAACUUCAUUUUCGUAACUAAUAACGUCUACCCUGUCAAAAUUGAAGUUGGAGACAGAAGAUACGUAGUUUUAAGAGUUAAUGGUAAAUUUAAGGGUCAAUUUGAUUACUUCAAGAAUUUAAUGGAUUCAUGCACAAAGGAAUUUUAUGAUAAUUUACUAACAUAUUUUAUCAAUUACGACCUUUCAUCAUUUAAUGUACGAAUCAUACCGAUGACUGAAGCCAAACAAGAUUUAAUUGAAUUAUCAACAAAUCCUUUAGAUGUAUGGAUAAAUACACAUUAUGAUGAAUUGUGUGCGGGUAUGACGUGUAAAAAUGCUCUAUUCUGCAAACCAUCAGACAUGAAAGACAAAAACUUUCAAAUGAGUAUUAAGGAUAAAUGUGAUAGGAAACAUAGAAGAAUAGACGAUAAACAAACAUGGUGUUAUGUUUUGAAAGAAGAAAUGAAAGGAUUAUAUAAACAGGUUGAAACAAAUGAUAAUGAUGAUUCAUUUACUGACGAUGAAAUACCUGUAAAUGAUGCUUUAUAA